UUGAUCGUGCGAUUUCUCUGUGAGCGCUGGCUCGCGGUCCAAUGAUGCCAUGCCCGAGGACGCCUUUAAUUCGGUAGUUCCUGCCCAGCUUUCCUACCUGACCAUCUACAACCCCCUUCUCGGACCGACCGACGAAACGAUCCCGGACCAGAUCGUCUUCUAUACCUCCAGAGCGGCUCGAUUGCGACGGCGCGAGGCCUCCGCUGCCGGGGUCGACGACAAUGAGUCGAGCAGCGAGUACAAUGAAAAGUUGCGCCAGAUAGGACUGGCGCAGGGGAUGGUGAGCUUCGCCAGGAACUUUUCGCAGGGCAAACCGGUGGAAUAUAUAGAAACGGAGAAGGCCAAUAUCGUACUCCACGAGCUGGAGAAGGACUGGUGGAUCCUUGCCUCCAUCGACCUGACCCGUCUUCCCACAACCGAUGCUUCCAACGAAUCCUCGUCGCAGCGCGAUGCCACGGGGACCCCGUCCGUUCAGUAUUCAUCGCGGGAGAUGUGCCCUCCGCACCUCUUGAUCCAACAGCUACGCCGGGCUCAUUCCAUCUUUCUACUCCACCAUGAUCUCACACUGGAUGCAUUGUACCAACGCGUCGGCAGGUCGGCGCUUUGUACUCUCCUUGAUGGCUUCUGGCGAAAGUUUGCCUGGAACUGGGAAGUUCUGCUCAGCGGGAACCCAGCCGUUGACAUGUACAAUGGGAUCAAGCUCUCUGCCGGCGGCGAGCUUGGCAUCGGCGUUGGCGAAGAAGAGUGGGGCAGCGGAGAAAGAGAAGUAUUCGAAGACUUCGUGUUCCGGACAGACGGUCUCGUGGACCUGGUGAUAUCGAGAUUUGGCGACCCAGCAGAGCCAAACGAGAGCCAGGCGACCGCAAAGGACGAUAGCAGCGCGCCAUGGCUUGGCUUAGACACCCACCCAAGGCCAUCGGAUGGAGUCAUAUUCUCGGGGAUGGGAGCGGUUUCUAGACGAUCUGUCGCGCGGGUCUCUCAGUGGAUGGAAUGGAUAUACCGAUAUGGCCCUGACGCCUACGGGGUGGGCGAUGACCCAAGCUCGCCACGACGUCGAAAGCGACGCAAAAAGCCACGGAAUCGAUCAGCCAGGAAUAAUAAUGAACAAGACAACCCUUCUGGCACUGCAAGCGCCGAGGCCAGCUUCUCCCCCGGUAUACCUCGUCCUCUUGUUAUGGGCCAAGUUCCAGGCCCGCAGCAACGAGAUUCCGAGGUAGGCUCGCAAGCAAGCAGUGAAGGCUCUCCGGCACCAAGCGAACGUGGAAAGGAUUGGAUUGGCAUCAAACCCGAGACGUUUGUGAAAUACCUGACUCUUGGCUAUGGCUCGGCUUGGGGGCCCUCUGCUGGCACGCAUCCUCGCGUCGAGGCCUUGAAGCAGGAAGACGGGUCUACAGGCGCAACCCAACGAACGGCGUCUCCUGCAACUACACCGCAGACACCCGACGGAGACACGUCCAGAACCGAAGAUACGGCGAAACCCCAGAACCUAGGCAGGUUCCUGAUUGGUCUCCACAAGAACCCAGCCACUGCAAACAGUCAAUCUCCGGAAGACCCCAGCCUGGCGAACAAAUCACCGGUGGGGUCGGAGGAGACGAUCAUCCAACGAACACUCAAUGUACAUAUGGCAGACGCGGACGCGGACGCCAACGCAGAUGGACAGCACCAGAGCCCUACGAAACUACGGGUAGUGGUCUAUAUACACCAACCGUUCGUGUACACAUUCCUCUUUCACCCCGAGGCGCCGUCUCUGGCGGACCCGUCGCUCUACCAGAGCAUCCACCACCAGCUAAGGCCUCUCCACAAGACGCUCGCCAACUCCACGUCGCCAGCGAAUGCCGCCGCCCGGAUCUCAAUGUCCGAGAGUGCGUUCGACGUCAACCGACGAUUCAUCGCCAAAAGCCAACCCGUCUACGACCUCGUCUACGACCCAUCCAACUUGACCAUCCGGACCUCGAUCCCCAACAUCCCCGAUCUCGGCGUCUAUGCGCCCGAGACUCGCGAUCCCAGCGCAGCGCCCUGGUCGCGGGUGGAAAGCCUGAACAUCCACCACCGGCUCCUCAGCACGUAUGUCGAGACACGACAGCGAGCCCUGGAGCUCGAGAGGACGUGCAAGACCAGUCGUGGCUGGUGGGUUGUCUGGGUGCGGUUUCCCCACCCAUGCAGUGACGGCGACGGCGACAGCGAUGACGCGCAGGAGGCACAAAGCAUCGAGGGCCGCGGGGACACUCGCCAGGAAGCAUUCCUCAUCCGCAAAGCGAGCGACCACGUCCCGGCGGCCUCGCAUGGGCGCAGCGGCAGCGGAUCCCGGUUCUUCAGGGAUCUGGGCGGCGCAACGUCGCCGGGUCUGGCCUCGUCACGGGCGGACACCGGCCCCGGCAAGCUGGUGGAGGGACUGGGGCUGGACGCGAGAAGAUACAUUGAGAAUUUACUGAGCUUGAAUAGAUGAAUGAUUUCCACGCGUGAAUGUACAUCUUUUGGAUCGUCCCAUACAUCCUAUUCUGAUCUUGGUCCACGUUGCCUACCAAUGAAC